GUCUCGCAUUUUGUUGCACCUAAUUUAGGAUAAAUCACUCCAGUAUAGUUAAAUAAUCUUGCAAAAAUAAGUGAAAAUGAACAUCGGAGACAUAUCGUCGAGUACGAGUGAAAACGACUUGAUAAAUAAACAAUUAGCCGCCUUCAAAAAGUCAAAAAUGCCAAUAAAAACUCUAUUUACUAAUUGUGAUAGUGAGGACGAAACUGUGGAUAUAAUGUGUGAAAAUACCGAAGAAGCUAGUGCGAAGGACGAUCGAGACAAAGUUGGGUUGACGAGCAACGUGGAAGGCUUUUUAAAUCUCCACAACGCCAGUUUUUGUGGAAACAAAAUUCUUAUAGCACAGAGUAGCAGUGGUAGUGAUAAGUUAAAUAAUUACAACAAAUUCACAAACGGGAAAUCGAAAACAUUCCUAAUAGACAGUAUUUUAGGUAACCACGUUAGUAAAAGUAGUAUUAGUGAAGACAACGAGGAAGCGGAGAGUUCAGAGGAUAAUGGUGACGAGCACAACGUAUCGUCGACGUCGGCGUGUCCAGAACUGUCACUGAGCGGCGCGGAGAUCAUGGCGGGACACGCGUACGCGCACUGGCUCGCCACACACCAACCUUCCUCCACAUACUACGAUGACAAAAACAGACGGCCACGCCGUGCCGGCCCCGAGAGGAAGCCCCGACAGGCGUACAGCGCGAAACAGCUUGAGCGGCUAGAAGCUGAGUUCAAGCUGGACAAGUACCUCAGCGUGUCAAAGAGGAUGGAGCUAUCCAAAGCACUGGGUCUCACAGAAGUACAGAUCAAGACGUGGUUCCAGAACAGAAGGACAAAGUGGAAAAAGCAACUAACGUCGCGUUUGAAGAUAGCGCAACGACAGGGUUUAUUUCCGGGCCAGCUGUUUGGACCACCCCAAUCUUACUCCCUUUUAACUCCUUAUGCGUAUCCUCUAGGGUGUGUGUUCACGCCAGUCACAUUACCAUCUUCUCCACCGUAAAAACCGAGAAGAGAAAUUGUAAAAUGUUCU